CAUGCGAUCCAAUUGCACGUGCCCGAAACCAUCCCCUCUCGGCACGCACACGCACGGCUCGCCGGCGAGUCUCCACAUCAGUUCGAACGCAGAGCGCAAGCGGUCAGUUUGGUUCGGCUGUUCGGUGGUAGGGGAGGGUUAGCCAGGCAGAAACAACAAUUCGUUCUGCCUCCACACGGAGCUCGUUUGCUUCCUAACGCCCCCCCCCCCCUCCUGCCACACGCACCACCCGUCUCUACUCUAUGCUUUUGGGUGGGAGCGUGCGCGCUACAUUCGUUUGGUGUUUUGUUCGGGGCGAGCGUGUGUGUGUGUGUGUGUGCACAGGUGCACUCGACCGAUGGGGCAGCCGUCCCUUCUUCCUUACGCACAGGCGGUCCCCCCCUCCCAAAAGGGGGUUGUGAGUAAAUUGCCGUGGUCGUUACCGAUGAAGUGAAAUUGUUUGGUGUAUCAAUUGGUGUUCGCGUUCAGCGCUUAUCGUCGUGCCACCGGUGGGUUGGUUUAGUGGCUAAUCUGAUCCCGCGUACUCGGUGGUGCAUUCAAUCAACCCGUCACGAACCACGAACAACAAUCCGCACCACCGCACCAUCCAAGCUGCCUGCUGUUCUCUAUGGAAAGGGGAUUUUUUUUUUUGUUUGGUCGGUGUAGUACAAUUGCUUAGUACACGCAUACCACCACAGUAGCUGACUUUUUUUGGCUGACAAUCAUUCGCGUUCGCGACGCUUGGCAUGCUCCUGAGGAGCUUUACAGACAUAGUGUCCACUAAAAGUUGCAUCGAACGGGACGGUGGCCAUGUCCUACACACACGCGCACACGCCCGUAGUAACCGGAGAACCAGCCCGCAACCGUACUAACUAGCGAGUCCGUCGUGUGGAUUGCAUUUUACUGCUUCUAGCCAACCGACCCCACCGGUGGUAAGCUCGAUCGUACACAACGUACAAAAAGGAAAAAAGGGUCUAGCAAACAAAACAAAAAGAAAAACCCCCGCUGAAUGGUUACUACGGCGGGAAAGCUUCCCCGCGAUCGAUAGUCAGCCGUCAGUGUGCAACGUCGCCAACACGGUGUUGGUAGUAGACAACACCAUCGCUCCAGCACUGCAAUCAACCAACCUUCAACCUGGCUAACAUGACAUCGGUGGACAGUGAUAGUAACGUUCCGGUGGAUCCUAGGGUGCAGAUUGAGCUAGAAAAACUAAACGAAGCAACCGACAACAUAAACAAAUAUGAAGUCGAUCUGGACGAAGCGAAAAAUGAGUUCCGCGAGCUACUGCGCGAAAGUGCGGAAAAGAUAAAGGCGGUCGCGAAAAAGGUGGGCAACUCGAUCGAUGCGGCCAAACCAUACUACGAGGCACGGUUGUACGCGUCGCAGCUAGCGAAGGAAACGCAGCAGUGUGCGCUGAACUUCGACAAAGCGAAAUCGGUACAUGCAGCCGCGAAGGAGAUGGUGUACCUGGCGGAACAGGGGCUGGGCGAAAAGUCGACGCUGGAUACGGCGUGCCAGGAGAUGCUGACGCACGCGACGACGCGCGUUAACGAGAGCCAGAACGAGUGUACCGAGAUGCGGAACGUGCUGAAGAUAAGCGAGCUGAAGCUGGAGGUGGCAAACAAUCGGGUGUGCAAGCUGCACUCCCAGCUGAAGGGUGCGAUCCGGGCAUCAAGUUUCGAUAUCCGGCGCAAUCUUUUGUUGAUGAACAUUAUAGCGUACCAGCAUGUGUUGCUUUUUCUGCCGUACUAUGAGCUGCGGGCCAACUAUAAUGCGCUGCUGCUGGAACAGAAGCAGAAGGUGGUGGAGCUCGAAACGAAGGUAGCCGAGUCGAAGCUACGGUACAACGAGUCGUUGUCGAACCUGGAACGCAUCUCGGAGGAAAUCCACCGGCAGCGGAAGGCACGGGCCAACAGUCUGGACGAGGACGGUGGCGGUUCCGGUUCGUCCUCCUCUUCGGCGGUGACCGGACGUGGUGGCAAGAUGCUGGCGACGAUGCACCUCCCAUUCAGCACAUCACCGUCGGCGGCCCGGAUCGACAGUCACGACGAGUAUCUCGAGUUUCCCGCCAAACUGUCGAUCAAGGCGAGCCCGAUCAAGCAGAAGUAUCUGGACAAGCUGGACUGUCCGCAUCUGCUGAAGGACUUUGCGCGCAAGACGAGCCCGAGCGGUGAGAGCGACUCGGACAACUAUCAGUUCUCGCCGAACCCAACCAUCGACGACAUUACCAACAUGUCGUCGGAGGACAUCGAGCAGUGGACGGAGAUACGGUUGUCGAACUCGAACAGUAGCAGCUCGGGCUACUCGCAGCACAACUCGCUCGUGCUGGAGGAUGCACCGACGCCGCAGGACGAAACGACCGACUCCUCGUCCGAGGACAGCCCGAAAGCGAAGACACGCAUUAUCAAGAUGGAAACGUACCAGCCGGAGGGUGGGACGCGCCGCACGGACGGUAUUGCCGGGUGGAUCGCAAAGACGGGCAGCAGCGUGGUCGGGUCGGCUGCAUCGUCCGGUUCGCAUGCCGCCGGCCACAAUAACACCAGCAACGGUACCGGCGGGCGGCGCCAAAGCCUGGACAUCAUCAUCGAUACGGGCGACCGGGUGAAGGACGUGUUUGCGCAGGGCAUCCAGCGUAUCGGCAAAACGCUCGAGCGGCGCAACAGCGAAUCGGAGGUGGCACGGGACGAAUCGGCCGGAAGCGAUUUUUUUCUCUUCCAGCGCUCGGACCCUGCAAAGGAUGGUCUGUCGGAUGAGCAGGUGGCGAACCUUCUUCUAGAUCAGGACUGCACCGACAUCUUUCAGAACGUGGUAAACAUAUCAAAAUGAGGCCGGCUCGCAUCCGUCCCCACCGGCACACCGGUACCGGUGCGGACGGACGGACCAGCCAGCAGCCAACCAGAGUGAGACGAUGUGUUGCAGCAUCGAGAUGUAUGUGUGUGUGUUUAUAUCGUAUACCGUAUGCCAUUGGGGGGAUAGGGGAGUUUGAUUCCCGAGCGCAUUUGCGGGAAGCACCCGUGUGGGUGUGCGGGAUAAGCGCGUCCCCGAAAAACUACCCCAAAGGGAAGGGGGGGAGGGGUGGCAGGUGGCUGAAAGGUGGAAAGUAAUUAGCAAUGAAACUCAUGAAGCAAUUAUUCAACAAUGAUCACACCAUACCUAACGUGCGCGAAACACCGCAACCAUGCGUGUAUUGUGUUAAGCGAUGUUGUUGAUUUAUCAUAGAUUCUAACGCCCCAGCAAUAAAUAAACCAUAGAAGCGUGGCACGGAUCCACGAUGCAGUAGA